UGCACAUCCUUUUUUGGUUUAACAUCGAGUGUUACUUUUGAUUUGUUCCUCCAAUGAGUAGCGACUGAGUGUGUCAUAUUUCGAGUUACAAUGAGAUUCCGAUCAUCCAGUGCAUCAGAUUCCGGGUCAGUUUCAAAGCUAACUAUUUCUUCUCCCAUCCAACAUGUCUCCAACGUGCCUCAAACCUCCCCCUCCGAGCAACAGUCCUCUAAACUCUCUCCUGCUGUCCCAGUUAGUACACCUCCCGUAGAACCUUCCUUUGAGAAGGCUCCCGACAUUGCUCCUGUCAUUGCUCCUGACAUUGCUCCUGACAAUGCUCUUGACGAUGCUCCUGAUAUUGCUCCUGACAAUGCUCCUGACAUUGCUUCUGACAUUGCUCCUGACAAUGCUCCUGACAUUGCUUCUGACAUUGCUCCUGACAUUGCUCCUGACAAUACUUAUAAACCACGUUCUAAUCCUUUCUCCGACCCUGUUCCUACCGAACCACCACCCUGUAACACCUGCUGCUCCUCCUGCAAACAACCCUUUAAACGAGCCUCAUCUGCUGGCUCCAGAAUACCAGCAACUGUCCCUGAAGUGGUGUCCGGAGGAUUACACUGUCCUAGUUUGGAGGACAGAUUCGAUAACCUUACUGGCCAAGUUAAAGAGCUGGCUAAAGAAAACAGGGAACUGAAACUGGAAGUAAUAAAGAUUUACAGCAUUCUCUGUCAGAAAGGAGUGGAUACCACGCGCACGGAAUCAGAUAGAGGAUCUAAUACACUGAGACGUAUCAGGAAAAUCGACAUCGGGCAGCCAACAAACUUUCAGCACACGAGUCAUCUUGGAUCUAAUGAAGUGACAACGAAGAUAGACACGUUAGAAGUAGCUAUGAAGAAUAAAGGAGGCUACACGCCCGGCGUCUCUUCGUACAAUUCCGAACCCGCUAUGCCUACAAUUUCGAUCAGAAGGGAAGAAUAAAGUGAGCCCUUGAGAGGAGAUUUUUGAGCUGUUUUUAACGAACAUUUUGCACACCAUGGAACAUGACAGGGCGUGAGAAUGAUUCUUGCCGAAUGUAUUUUGUAUAAUGAUAUAUGCACCGUAAAAUAUUUACUGCAGUAUACAUUUUACUGUUGACGUACGCUUAAUGUGUGCAAAUUCCCCAACAUAGACUGAGAUGAUGACGGGGCCGAUCUCAUUGUUUGAUUUUAUCCUACAAAUAUUUUAGAAUAAUCUCUGAAGAAAACAGAACUUUAUGAAAUGGUAUCACCCUGAUCGGUGACCGUUUCCUUGACUAUUGAUGCCUUCGUGGCUUUAUAUUUUGUUGAUCAAUGCUCCAGCCCGAUUAACAAAGAGUUCCUUUUUUGGCAAUUUUUUGGAAUGGUUUGUGGAAUUUUAGUGGUUAAUAGAACUCGUAAAUUUAGCGUUUAAUAGCAGGCUUUUCAUUGUUAAGCUGUUAUUAAAGUUUAUUUUCAUGAUUUGUUAUAUUUUUACUACAUUGUUAACGUUUGCAAUGGCACUAAUAGCUUUUUAUAUGACUUCCUAGUUGAUUUGAAAAAUAAACACGGCAAGGCCUGCUGCUUUAAUUAAGAGACCGUGACCAUGAAAAGGCGAAGAUUUUAAAAUCGAAAUUGAAUGC